ACGCGACGGUGACAUUUGUGGACGCCGAGCAGCGCUCGUGGUUUGACCCCGCGCUGUGGCAGGCCGUGUCCCCCAGUGGGGAGCUCGAACCGAGCGGGCCCAUCUUCUCCGUGGAUGAGGAGCGCGUCCCGUGCCACUACGAUGAUGUGAUCUUCCAGCCCCAAACCUCCUUCCGGGUGAACGUCGACUCGUCGCGGCGGGUGAUUCCCCUCCGCAGCAUCUCUAUCAUGGGCCAGGAGCUCAGCACCCCCCAGGCCUGGGCCGGGUACCUGCAGGGUCCCUCCGCGUCGCUGCAGUUUCACGGCAAUGGCACCCUCCAGGUGACGGGCACCGGCUGCACCGACAAGUCCGGCUGUGCCUGCGGGAACACCCCGGACAGCCACCGCAUCUGCGCAGCCCUGCUCGGAGCGUCAGGGAGACAGUGCCCAGCGCUGAGCUGCCGGAGCCCUUUGCAGCCCCUUGGCCACUGCUGCGGGGUCUGUGGAGCCAUCGUGAGCCUGGAUUUCACUCCUGACUUCGACCUGCAGAAGUACCAGGACAGACUGGUCCAAGCCUUGCUGAGCCAGCCCAGGUACGCCGGCGUGCGGAUGGCCAUGUCCAAGGUGCACAAAGCGCAGACCUUCCUGGGAGUCGUACCCCGAGGCUCCGCUCCCCUCAUCCAAAUCGUGCUGAUGGAUGACGGGGUGGGAGCGCAGACCGGCACCGCUGCGGAGCAAAUGGCAGGGGACAUCAUGGAGGACGUAGCACAGCACGGUGAAGCACUUGGCAUUUCAGGUGGCAAAAUGGAGGUGGCCACUGGCAGCACCCUCAGUGGGCAAGUGGGGAGCCACGCGUUGAGCAGGAUCGCAGCAGGGACGGUCUCGGGGCUGCUCUUUGGUCUCCUGCUGCUUGGAGGGAUCCUCUUUCUCUACAGAAAGGGAAAGCUAAGGUUGCCCACCCUGCGCCUCGCUUGGCCCUGGCACAGAAUGGAGGAGCCAGGGUCCCCUGCGCCGGUCGGUGACAAAGGCUUCGACAACCCCAUGUUCGACGUGGAGCCACCGAGCGCUGUCCCUGGAGAGGAGGCACCACAGGAGAUGGCACCCAGAGGCCACCAGGUUUUCUACCUCAACCCCCUGUACGACGCAAACGAGACGGAGACCUGA